AGAACUGAUCUGCGGUUUCAAAGUGAAGCAGCCAAAGCAGUGAGGCAGUUGUGUACCUACAGUAUUAGCGAGUAUGUUCCACGGGGCAUCAGUGCAUACAGGACCUGCAUUGCCAUCAUGAGCACUGUGUAGAUCGGGGAACCCAAUAACAUCACUUCAGUGUUGUUUAACAUUUAUUUUGUUGAUAUCCAUUGGCCAUUCUAGAGUCUGCACAGAUGAGUUCAUAUUUUGUUAAUCCAUUCUACUCCAAGUACAAACCAGGAGAAGCUCUGAGUCCCACUUACUACGACUGCCGGUUUCCACAAGACGUGACCAGCAGACACGCUGUCGUCUAUGGUCCCAGCAGCGGCGCAAGCUUCCAGCACCCAGCUCAAGUUCAAGAUUUUUACCAUCAUGGGACAUCUGCACUUCCUAAUGCUGGCUUUCAACAGAAUCCUUGUGGAAUUACGUGUCAUGGUGACCCCUCUAAAUUUUACGGAUACGAUAACUUACAAAGACAGCAAAUUUUUACGACACAGCAAGAGGCCGAUCUGGUACAAUAUCCUGACUGUAAAUCGUCUAGCAGUAAUAUUGGCGAAGAACCAGAACACUUAAAUCAGAACUCGUCUCCUACUCAAAUGUUUCCCUGGAUGAGACCUCAAGCAGCGCCCGGCAGACGCAGAGGAAGACAAACUUACAGCCGAUUCCAAACCCUGGAGCUGGAAAAGGAAUUUCUGUUCAAUCCGUAUCUGACACGAAAGCGAAGGAUCGAGGUUUCACAUGCUCUGGGACUGACAGAGAGGCAGGUGAAGAUUUGGUUUCAAAAUAGGAGAAUGAAGUGGAAAAAGGAAAACAACAAGGACAAAUUUCCAAGCUCUCGGAACGACGAGGAGGAGGAAGAGGUCAAAAAAGAACAGGAAGAGCCUGAGCAGGAGACAACAGAAAAAGAGACCAAGUAACUUUACCCCCUUUGGCCUCUAAGCAAAACGUCAUUCAGUUUGUCCAAACUGCACUGUUAAACAGUGGUGAACAGAAUGAAUCUCCGGCACAUUGAUGGCAAGGUUAAUGUAAACUGUCCACCUGUUUUUUUUAAAGUUCUUUAGAGCCUUAAUUCGACAUUAUAUCUCAUGAAUUCUCUGUGCAUCAUUUUGAACUUUUCAAUCACACCUUGACAGAUCAGCCAUCAUAUAGAAAUGUGCGGCUUCCCUUAUUAUAAGUGGCAAGUGGCAAAAUCACAGAAGAAAUCGCCAUUUUGAAUAAAGAUUUUAUUGCUUUUUAAUACGUCGAUAAUAUGAGAUGGUAUCGUGAUUGAUUUAGUUUGUUGAUUUUAUUUAGCAUUUUGUGAUU